CGCACCUUUCUCAAAAAUAUAACUCCAAGGCUACCAGUCAAGCUGUCAGUCGUCAUGAAUCCCAUACGUGUAAUAAAACGGGUCACCAGAUGGACCUUCUCGCGGCUUCAUCGCAAGCAUCUUUCCACUGUUAGCUCCAUCUCCCCUGACACAUUCCCUUCCGGGUCAUCGAACCCAAGUCGAGAAAGACCAGAUCCCCUCUUCUCAUACACUUCUGGACGCUGGCUAUGGGAUGAAGCAACCCAACUUCGUAAACGAUACCAACCCUUCAAUGUUAACGAGCUCAAAAAAACUGCCGCCAGAUCAGUCAAUGCUAAAUCCUGCACCAAGAUAGCCAAGUUACCUGAAGGCGCCUACAAUAAGACUUUUCUGUUGACAAUGGACAACGGUGUCGAGAUCAUUACGAAGAUCCCGAACCCUUAUCUUCCUCAGAAAUUUGCAACAGCCAGUGAAGUUGCAACGCUUGACUUCCUGCGUAACGAGCUAGACAUACCAGUUCCUCGUGUGUUCGCAUGGAGUAGCAGGAAGGACCAAUCUGUUGGAGUGGAAUAUAUCAUCAUGGAACGAGCACCCGGUCAUGAGCUGAACAAACUUUGGUCUGCCAUGAAUGUAUCCGAUCGGGUGGAUAUUGUGUCUCAGUUGGUGGGGAUUCAAAAAAAGAUUGCUGCUGUCAACUUCCAUAGUUAUGGAAGCCUGUUCUACAAAGAUGACAUUGAAAAUGGCCUUCAUGUGCCUGGACUUGACCGAUUCUGCAUCGGUCCCAGCUGCGAAGUACGAUUUUGGGAGGGGAAGAGGAGCUCAAUGACCAAGUAUCAUGGUCCUUGGACCUCAUCCGUGGCAUAUGCGCAAGAUAUCGCCAGGCGGGAGAAAGAAUGGAUCAUGCGAUUCGCAGAGCCCCGUCAUCCAUCAGACCCCCUCAGACAGUCAGGAAGCCAAGAGUCUCCUGGAUGUCAUGCUGAACUGCUUGAUAAAUACCUGGAGGUGAUACCUCGUAUGAUACCAUCACAUAAGGGCCUAAACCGUUCGGUCCUUUGGCACCCCGAUCUACACUCCGGUAAUAUCUUCGUCGACAAAAACCGGAUUGUGAGCAUUAUUGAUUGGCAGGGCUGCUUGAGCCUUCCAAUAUUCCAUGCAUGCAGAAUACCGAAGUUCCUCAAAAUAAAUGGCCCGCUCCUUUUCGACCUACCCCCGGCUACAGACCUUACUUCGCAAGAAAAAGCAGAGAAUCUACGGAGAUACCAGCUUACACAGCUCCAAAGGUUCUACAUCUCCAAAUUUCGUGAAAUUGACAACGAUAUCUUCUCUGCACUGUCGUUCCCUCAGGCUUUAACUCGACAACAGCUCCUUGAUUUCGCAGGGCACACGUGGGAUGACGAUGGGCUAUUCUUGCUUCGGGAGAUGAUACACCGAACGUCGCGUGAAUGGACAGAAUUAACAGGCCUGCCACAGAGCUCCUGUCCUGUCAGACCUGACACAGAUGCAGUUGCAUGCCAUAUUGCCGAAGCAAAAAGUUGGGAAGAUCGCCAAGCUCUCUUCGGCACCCUUGGUAUCCCUCUGGACGGCUGGCUACACCCUGACGAAUUCGAGGCCAAGGUCGAGGCGAUGCGGGAUCUAGUGAACUCUAUUAUCGCGUCAGCUGAUGAUAAGGAGGGCGCAAAACAAGCAUUAAGAGCUUGGAAACUGUCCGAUUCAGGACCUGCCAGCCUAUCAGGGAACCUGAUGGAGAUCUAGUCCUCUUGCAGCGCAUGCCGUGCGUUACCCGGCCCGGGUUACUACCGCCAUUAAGUGAAGUAGUCAACUUCUA